AUGGCGGACAGAGGAUCCCACAGAGGCGGCGGUCGAGGGGGCGGAGGCGGCUACCGCAGCGGGCGGGGAGGAGGAGGUCGGGGCGGCGGAGGCGACCGCGGAGGAAACCACGGUUCCGGCGGCGACCGCGAGAGACCCAAGAAGGAAAACAUUCUCGACCUGUCCAAGUACAUGGACAAGCAGAUCACCGUCAAGUUCAACGGCGGACGUGAGGUUACUGGUACCCUCAAGGGUUACGAUGCCUUGAUGAACCUGGUCUUGGACGAGGUCCAGGAGGUCAUGAGAGAUGAGGAGGGAAACGAGACCACUCGAUCGUUGGGCCUCGUUGUUGCUCGUGGAACUUUGCUUGUCCUUGUUAGCCCCGUCGACGGCAGCGAGUCCAUAGCCAACCCCUUCGCUCAGCCCGAGGAUGAUUGA